AUACUACAAACCGCAGCCUGUGCUACAUUAAUGGUCAAUGAGCCUCUUUUGCAUAAAACUGCAGUCACACAGAGAUACAUUCAUUGCAGACAUGGGAUGGACUUACUGUCUUAUAUGGUGUCUGUGUUUGUCAGUGACUAAGUGCUCACAGCUGCCUGACUCUCAACCUGUAAUGCAUAGAGAGGUCCAUUCCCCUCAGUAUCCCCGGCCUUACCCUCCCAACCUGCUGAAGCAAUGGGACAUCUGGGUUUCUAAAGGCUACCUGAUCCAGCUGUCCCUAACACAUCUGGAUAUUAAAGCUUCUUCAGGCUGUCAUCAGGACUCUCUGACGGUUCUCUAUGAUCAAAAGGUCUUGGGGACGUUUUGUGGUCAGGAAAAUUCACGUCAUCACCCAGGCAAAGUGCCAAUCCUUUCUCAAGACAACAGACUGACUCUCAUAUUUCAAACAAAUGACUCCUCUGCGGAGCUCCAACAGCACAUUGGUUUCUCUGCAACCUACAAGGCAAUAGAUGUGGAUGAGUGUUCAAACCCAGACCCUGGAGAUGGCUCAGGUCCACUCUGCUCUCAGAUCUGCAUCAACACCCCUGGUUCUUACCACUGCUCCUGCCGCUAUGGUUACAAACUUCAGUUAGACCAGCGCACAUGUUUGUUAUCCUGUGGUGGUUGUAUAUUUGACAAGCAUGAGGGACAUCUAUCCAGUCCAGGAUACCCUGGCCCUUCACCUCCUUUUCUGUCCUGCAAGUACAUCAUCUCUGUGGACCCCAGAUUCACUGUCACUCUUAACUUUACUGACAACUUCCACAUAGACAGUGUGGACACUCAGGAAGGUCCCAGCUGUCAACAUCACUGGCUGCAGGUAACCACCCCAGGCAGAAAGCCCAUGAAGCUGUGUGGUGGAAAGAGUCCAGGUCUGAUAGAUACAAAUUCCAGUACUGUCAGACUGGACUACCAUACUGAUGAUAAAGGCCUGAGUCAGGGCUGGAGCCUGGACUACAGCACAUACAAGGUCAAAUGUCCAGUUCUAGGGAAUGUGGCUAAAGGCAAAGUGACUCUUGUCUUGACAGAAUAUUUCGACAGAGAUUACAUCUAUGUGACCUGUGACCAAGGAUACAAGCUGAUGAUGGAUGGUCGAGAGAUCAAGAUGUUCUCAGCCACAUGUCAAAGCAACGGACAGUGGACCCUCCCUCUGCCAGAAUGCCAUAUAAUUGAUUGUGGAGAACCCAAACCUUUGCUGAAUGGCGGGGUGACCUUUCUGUCUGGCUUUCAGAAUCAGUACCGUUCUGUUGUUCAGUAUCACUGUAAUGAACCAUUUUACUCCCUCCUUGGGGGCGUAAAUUUUACUUUCACCUGUGAAGCAGACAGAAAAUGGAGAUCCAACCAUGAUACUGAUGUCACUGCAACAUGUAUACCUGUCUGUGGCCAGCCUAUAAAUCACAUCUCUGCCUAUCAGAGGAUCAUUGGAGGCAGUGAAGCUCCAGACAAUACCAUCCCCUGGCAAGUGCUACUGAGUGUAGAUGGACUAAGAGCAGGAGGAAUGGUGAUUGCAGACCGCUGGAUUAUGACUGCAGCUCAUGUCCUACAAGAGAAUGGAAAUAUAGUACCAAAUGAGAUUUUACGGGUUUACAUGGGACUCACUAAUGUUAACACCUUGAGGCAAUCUCCUGUGUAUACCGCCUCAAUCCAUGUUCACCCUGAAUACAACAAUCCCAACAAUGUAAACUUCAACAAUGACAUUGCCUUGAUCAAACUGCGAGAGCCAAUCACAUUCAGAGCAUCUGUUAUGCCAGUAUGUUUGCCAGAGAAAGGUGCCACAUACGUCACUGGCAUGAUGGGACUGGUGUCAGGUUUUGGCCUCACAGAAAGAUUAAAGAUUUUAACAAAUAUGCUGAAGUACGUGCAGCUCCCUGUGGUAGAGCAGGAGACAUGCAGGGCUUCAAUCACUUCAGCGAAAAAGAAAAGGAACAGUGUACCAAGUCUGACAAAUAACAUGUUUUGUGCUGGAGUCCCUGAGGGUGGGAAGGACUCCUGCCAAGGUGACAAUGGAGGCCCUUUUACCCUGAGUAAUGACGGACGGGUCUGGGCUGCUGGGAUCGUCAGCUGGGGGGUUGACUGUGGACAGCAGGGAACAUAUGGAGUCUAUACCAGGGUCGCUAACUACCUGGACUGGAUCAACAAGACUAUGCAAGAGAACUGAGAUUUUUAGCAUGAUGUGAAGAUUUGGAUGAAACAAAUGUAAAAUCAAAAACAGUGAAAACAUCUACAAUAAAAUAAGAAAAAAACAAA